CUUGCAGUUUCACCAUUAAUCUCCCUCUCCCGUCUUCGGUUGACCGGUUCUAACUUCUAACCUAUGGCCGGCGGCGAGGGCGGCGGCGGACGCGCAGAGGACGGCGGGAGUGCCGCUGGCUGCCCAUCUUCGACCGGCUGGAGGCGAUGGUGAGCAGGAGCCAGGCGGAGGCCGAGGCGCUCGCGGCCGACCGCGCGCGCCUGGAGGCAGCCAACAGGAUGCAGCGCGAGUCCUGGGAGGCGGCGCGGAGGCUUCAGCGUAGCGUCGAGGAACUUCAGGUGGCGGCGCAGGAGAAGGACGCCGAGCUGGACAGGCUGCGAGCGGAAGCCGCCAAUGCCAAGAAGAAGCUGCAGGCGGAUGCGCGCAUGAAGAUGAGGUGGGAGGCGGCUUACGUGGAGCUGCUUCUCGGGGCUAACCAGAAGCUCGCGGAACUCAGAGAUAGUGACUUGGAUGAUUCCAGUACUUGUGCAGAAGCCCCAAACCCUAAGCUGAAUGAAGUUGAAAGCUGCACAAAGCUUAGAGGAGGAAACAGUCGUUAUGAUGUACACAUUACAAGCAAUAUAAGUGUGGAGCUAAGAAAACUAAAGCAGGCCUAUGAGACUCUGACCUCAAUAAAGGACAAGGAGAUUUCUGCAUUGCUCUCAGAAAAGGAUUCUAUGCGUAGCCAGUUUAAUAUAAUGCAGCAGGACAAUGCCGCACUCCUAAAGAACAAGAAAGCGGAGGCAGCACAAGCUACAGAAGCAGCACUAAAGCUUCAGCAGAGUGUAGAUGAGCUGAAGGUGUUGGCCCAAAAGAAGGAUGAUGAGAUUGGCAAAUUGCAAGAAGAAGCUGUUGGUGCCAAAAAGCAGCUAAUGAAAAUGCAGUCCUUGGUCAAGGAGAAAGAUGAUGAAAUCCAAAGACUCAAAGGUUGGCAUCCUCAGUAUUUUCAAAUGUCCAACAAGGAUAUCAAUGGGACACAUAAAAAGUUGAGGUCCGAUGAUCCACGUGUAAGAGGCAAAUCAAAAACCAAUGUAGGAAACUAUGGGCAAGAUGAAACUAGUCAAAAGCGCAGGCGUGUCUCUUCCCUAUCAAAUGACGAGGAUGGUAAUAAGCAGAUUGGAAGUGAUGGGGCUGAUGGUGAGCAGAGUGGAAGUGUUGAGGAUGGUGAUGAGCAGUGUGGAAGUGUUAAGGAUGGUGAUGAGAAGAGUGGAAGUUGCAACAGAAAUGAUGAGCAUGAUCUUGAACAGCAUCAAAGUGAUGGGAAGAUUGGAAGUGACAAAGAAACAGCGAAUAAUCAAGUACAAAAGCCUCUAGGGGGGCCCAAGAGAAAGAGUGCUGCUUGUAGUGCCCAAGUCGCCAAAGGCAAAAGCCACACUGAAAGCAGAGCGGUCAAGUGUUGGUACUCCUAUCGCAUGGCUCCACAGCCGCUGCGCUCAAGGAAUCUGAAGAUUGCCAACGGCCGGCGUUCAAUGAUCGGCACCGGACACUGGGGUAAUUACGUCAGGCUCGUUAACGACAGCCUGGUAGACCAACCUGACAAGCACAAGAUGUUUGUCCAGGUCCUGUGCAAUUUUGAGAACUGGAGAAUUUGUCAAGUGGCUAGAACCAUGGAGGUCGUGUUAGAUGGACAGCCCAAGCUGAUCCAUCAGUUUAACAGGUUCUUGCCUAACAAUUGUCAGAUGGAGGUUGAUGAUGAUGAGGAGGAGAAACAGCAGCCCGAGGAGGAGCAGCCGCGCCCGCAAGGAGCACCGCAACCUCGUGCCCAACUCCCAUCAGCGUCACCAUCACCAUCACCAUCAGCAUCAGCGUCAGAGUCAGCGUCAGAGUCGGAGUUAGCGUCAGCUGCGGCGGGCCUGGUCAAGCUCAAGGAGGCAGAACAGCAGCCAAAGCGGGAGCGGGUUUAGUGGUAUUUGGUGACUGAUAAUUCAUGCCUGUAACUAGGAAUAGCUCAUAUGAUGAUCACUGCGGCUUCUUGUAAAUUGAUACUUAUGUCAUGUCUCUGGUCUGGUCUGAUGUAAAUUGAUACUUAUGUCAUGUUGCUGAAUGAUUUACCAGUGUUUGAUGUUGGAUCAACAUCUGAUACAUGUGGCAUGCACGGAAUCUAUCGGCCCAAGGAGUCAUUAAUGAUACUAGCAAAACUUUAUCUCGGUCCAGUUUCUGCUGACUUGGAA